AUGAGGCUCCGCCCUGGCCUCGACCACAAUCUUAUGGUGAUGAGGCACGCUCAUCUCUGCCAACGGCACUUCCAGCUGGACAUGAACCGCGAUGGCGAGGUCGAGCAGUCCGGCAAAGCCGUGAGGACCGCCGUGAAGGCCGGCAAGGUCGCCAAAGGGGCUCAUGUUCAGGUGCAGGAGUUCUUCGACACCUUGCACGAGGGGUGCGUCACCGCCAAGCUGGGGCUCGUCCAGGACACCUCCCAGGUCGAGCUGGACUACAUCGCUGCAAGGGCGGCGGAGGCGAAGCUCACCGAGGAGGCCAGCAGCGCCGGCGGCGUGGAGGACAGGGCCGCGGCAGAAGCGGAGGAGAAGGAGCUCGCCGCCGAGGCGGAGGCCAAGGAGAUCGCCACCAAGGAGGCCGCCAAGGGCGCUGCUGAUGACACCGCCAAGGAUUCUGCUGGGGAGCCCGGCAAGGGGCUUGCCGGGGAGGCCAGCAAGUCCGCUGCCGAGGAAGACGUGGUUGAUGACCAGCCUUCCUCCUCCGCUGCCUCUGGCUCUGGCAGGUACCUAAAGGUGAGUGACGACCUCUUCGUCCACCUUCUAGGCACGUCAAGGACCAGGGCUCCCGUCGAGGUGGAGGUGUUCAACGACGAGGUGCUUGCCACCGCCGGGCUCGAGGUCGUUGACGAGCCGAGCGCUGGCAGUGACGGCUCCCAGGAAGAACGGCUCCUCCACGUCAUGGGCGCCAGCUUCCGGAAACACUAG